AUGGCAUCCGAUAUGAGUCCUUCGUCCUGGGCCUGGGUUAAGCCGUCCAUUAACGCGAACAUCUCGCUUCAGAAUGCGUUCCAUCACCUUGCACGCCACGCUAGUGAGGCUUAUAGGCCGGUAGCUGCCAGACAACAUUCGGUCACCAGUUUUGUAGAUUGGCGUGAGAAUCGCUCCCUUCCAAGUAGAGCAAAGGCGGCCUUCGUCAAGCGACUGACGAAACACCAGGUGUUUUCAGACUUCUCCAAGACUCCUACUCGUGUUCAAUCUGUUGAUGUCUUCCUGAAUGUUAGAGGGCAAGAUGGCUCUGCGGGCGGCAUCCGGGUAUGUCUUUUGCGCUCAACACCUGCAUUUACAUUUAGAAAUCUGGUAAAAAUAGGCUUGUGUGGUGCAGCCGUGUACUACUCUGUGGUAGAAGGUGUUUGGAGUACCUCCGACCAGAGUGUUGGACCCGUCUCCAAAGUAAAACAUCGACUUUUACCACAGGCGUUCCAGUUUGUCAGCGAUGUGAGUCUCCUUCCAUUCUUCAAUACAACUGUAUUUAUAGUUACCCUAUCGAGCAACGGCUUCGUGGAACAAAGGUUGGUUGGUUUUCUACGUUCACGCCAUGUGAUGCUCCUCUUCAGGCGUUUCCAAGGUUUUCAAGGCCAUGAACCAAUAAUGUCCCGUUCCAACGUUCUGCAGUUUUUGUCCAUGUGCGGCCGAUUAAAGCACACUGUUCGUACGGGAUGGACGCGUUACGACAUAAAUCAGCCCGAAUCCGUUGCCGAUCAUAUGUACCGUAUGGCUCUAAUGGCAACGGUAAUUCCGACCUCAGAUCAGACUGGCAUUUCUGUUGAGCGAUUGAUCAAAAUGACCAUCGUUCAUGACCUGGCCGAAUCUGUUGUUGGUGACAUCACUCCUUACUGCAACGUGUCAAAAGAAGAAAAAGCCAGACGAGAAUCUAAUGCCAUGGCAGACCUUUGCAAUCUACUCCCGAAAGACAACGCAGAAGAGGUUCUCAACUUGUGGAACACUCCUGAAGCCCGUUUGUGCAAAGACUUUGACAAAUUCGACAUGAUCUUGCAAGCAUUCGAAUAUGAGAAAGAAACACAAAGGCCGGGAAUGUUGGAAGAAUUUUUCACAAGCACCUUAGGUUGCUUCACUACCCCAAUGAUUCAGAGUCUUGUCAAGGAACUGUACGAACAGCGGCAAGAGUUUCAAGCGGAUAAAUAGAAUUUUUUCGACCUGUAAAAAACAUUUUUUAUGUUUCCAUUCCGAUUUUAUUUGCUCAAUAAAAAUAUAGUCCGACUCGUU